CAGCAGACCACAUUUUCACGUAUAUACUCGAUUGGCUCACUCACCGACGAUCUUUAGUUCGACUGUUCAAAGUAAAAUCAAAAUUAAUAAUCACAAAAUGAUCAAGUUUUUAGCAGCGGUUGUUUGCUGUGCUGUUCUGUUGCCGAUUAUUUCGACUCGAGCGGCGCUGAUCAAAUACACUCUUAAAUACGACAACAUAGACCUCGACGAAAUCUUGAACAAUGAUCGUUUGAUCACUAAUUACUUUAAGUGUCUAGUGGACGAGGGGAAAUGUACACAAGAAGGCGAAGAACUCAAAAAGUGGCUUCCGGAUGCAAUAGAAACUAAAUGUGAAGGUUGUUCAGAAAAACAAAAGCAAGGCGCCGAAAAAGUCAUUAAAUUUUUAAUCCAAAAGAGAAGUGAUAUUUGGAAACAACUCGAAGAAAAAUACGAUCCUCAAGGAACAUACAGACAGCGUUACUCGAAAUUAUUGGAGACUAUGAAGAAUUAAGCUUGAAUAAAAAUUACUUAGAAAAAAUCAUCACAAAUUUAUUGUAGUUUAUUUUAUUAUAUUAAAAUGUUAGGGUAAAA